CACUUUCAUCAGCAGUCUCCAGUGUCGGCAUUGGUCCUCCUUCAUCCCGAGGCCAAGCGAGCAGCAGCAGAGGCACAAACAUGUCUGUCUAGAGCUCCAGCAGCAUAUGUAUCGUCCUGUUAUGUCGGGUUUAGGAUGAUAUGGGCUCGGCGGAAGAUGUGACAGUUGUCCGCGGGCGUCAUGAUGAUAUUAACGGCGUCGGGGCUCUUCCUGGCCUUCUGCUCCAUCGGGCUCUUGACCAUGGCCAUCAGCACGGACUACUGGUACGAAACAGAUGCGCGGAAACACCGGGACCGAUGCAAAAAAUACGCCAGCAAGAGAAAUGACCCAGGAUACAUAUACAUCUCCAACCAGAAUCUCCCACUCCGGAUGCGACCUAAAGCGAGUCCUCUGCGGGAAUCCCCGCACCCCGAGCCCGUCAUGGAAUCACGCUGCAGCCGCCGCUACAACUCGACCACAACCGGACUGUGGAGGAAAUGCCACCGAGAAGGGUUCGAUCUGGAGAACGAGGACCUGAUUUUUAAAGGUUUGCUUCAGCGUUGCACGCCGGUGAAGUAUUACUAUUCCUCAGUGAAUAUCCCACGGAAUCUGCCAGUUAACAUCACCAAGACAAUAAGACAAGACGAAUGGCAUGCUCUCCAUUUGCAGCGGAUGACGGCAGGUUUCAUCGGUAUGGCUGUGGCCAUCAUUCUGUUUGGCUGGAUCAUUGGUGUGCUGGGCUGCUGGAAACACAAUGAGCUGAUGCAGUAUGUAGCUGGACUGCUCUUCCUGAUGGGAGGCACCUGCUGCAUCAUUUCCUUGUGCACAUGUGUGGCUGGCAUUAACUUCGAGCUCUCGCGGUAUCCGCGCUACCUGUACGGCCUGCCGGAGGACAUCAGUCACGGGUACGGCUGGUCCAUGUUCAGCGCGUGGGGCGGUCUGGGUCUGACGCUGCUGGCUGGGUUUCUGUGCACUCUGGCGCCCUCUCUGCACAGUCCCCAGAUCAGCAGCGGCACACACAAACCGCGACAGGAGAACGGCAUGGUGUGACGCUCGCACACUCCACACACCAUACGCAUAGAUCCAAGGUCCUUACAAGCCAGAGAGAAAUGUCAAAUAAACAGUAACACACACUACAGACACUGUACAGAUAGACCUACUCUGCUAUAAUACGAUGGUGAGAAUAAAUCAUGAUCUAGAGUGCAGCUGAGCUAAACAUGCUGGAGCUGAGAGAAAACAUGUGCUGCAAAACAUUGUCAAUCAGCAUGAUUGUCUUAUUUUCCAGAAAAACAAAGAA